ACUGCUUUGGGCGCUUCACCCUCUCUUUCCCUCAGCGCUUCAUGCAUACUUCCACAGCGCAAUUCAGUGUAAACGUGGCAAACCCCGAUGUCCUCGUCAAAAUAAAGUAUGCUUACGUGGCUUUAUGUACCCUAUGGGUAGGUAAUGCGGCCAUAUCACUCCUUCUCCAACUAAAAUUUCGGUCAAUUGAGGCUUAUGACUACGUCACUACAUUGGAUGAAGAGCUGUCAUUUGUUACGGGAUCGACCUGGAGAAUCGUCAAAUAUCUCUAUCUCGUGUGUCGAUAUGUACCUUUCCUUUAUCUAACUGCAAUCUCAAGCCGGACACUAGAUAAAUACCCAUCGCUCAGCAUGUGUCAAACGUUGUAUUCCAUGAAUUCGUAUCUCGGUAUCGCGAUAAUUGUCUCAGCAGAGAGCAUAUUUUUUGUACGCACAUAUGUCAUUUGGGACCGUUCAAAACUGGUGCUAUGGACGUUCAUCGGCAGUGUUACUUUUCUCCUGACGCCCAUAGUUGGCAUUCUUGUGAAAUACAAUUCCUCGACAAUCAUCACCAAUUGGGUCGCCACCGGGGUACCGGGCUGUUCCAAGACGGGUGAAACCUCUGCUGUACUUUAUGUGUAUGUCCUUAUGAUCAUCGCCGAGUUAGAAAUAUUGUGUUUGACAUUGUAUCAAGCCAUUGCUAGAUACCGACGUGAACGGAGUGCCAACGUGCUUAGGGUCCUUGUGCAGCAUAAUAUAUUCUACUUUUUGUGCGGAGUUGGAUCUUCCGGCGUGCUCAUAGUUGCGAUUGCAAUAUUUCCUCCAUCUUACUCUGAUUUGGUGUCCAGCAUACAAAUUACCGUCCAUGCCGCGCUGGUCACAAGGAUGCACCGAGCACUAUGGAAAUACAAUGCAGACUAUGCCCAUCCAGAUGAAUUUUCCCUGACCACAUUCAGUGCUCCUUCACCAUUACGGUCCCGGACUGUGCAAAGCGCGGUUAGUUAUGUAAGUAAUGCUGCAAUUUCAUGGUUCAUCCAACUUGACAAGCAACAAUUAAGUAUCUGGACGAACCUUUUGGGAAGUAAAGAUCGGGAUCACACUCUCGACAGCGACCAUUCCGAUGACAACACCCUUUUAUGCGAAUGGACAUACGAUUCGCCACAAGACUCCCUCGCUGACACAUAGGAGCGAGCACGGCGAUAGUCAUCGAUCACCCUCGAGCAGCAUCAGAUUUGCUGUUUUAGUUAAAACUCCAUAGCAAGCCAUCGGACGUAGACUCAAUUGAUGUCAGAUGAUUUGAUCUACAUAACCAUUUCAUUGUGGUCAUCUUUAGGGUGGAUUUAUCUCGGUGAGCUCGGAUCUGUGGAGACGGUGAGAUGCAAUCAAAGUUUCGACCGCGGAAACGGCUGCGCGUAUGAGAAUCUUAGGGGGAGAAUUUCCUGACC